GCGCGCCGGCCAGCUGCUAGAAGCCGAGGGGCUGAUGAUCGACACCCCGAGCAGCGAGAAUGCGGUCGAGGAUCUCCUCCCCGGCUGGAUGGCACUGCUGGGAUCGUCCAGAGUCCACAGCGAGAUCGAGCUGGGGGCUCGAGCGGCGGCUAGGGUCGCGGGUCUCAACGCCUGCAAGGGCUCCUCUUACGUCCUUUUGGCGAGCGUGCUACAUGCGAGCGCAUGAGAGGUACGGAAGUGGCCAUGGCCCAGUAGGUGGUACGGGCAAGCGUUGUUUUCUUCUGCCAGGCCUUGCCCUAAGGUUGCUCCAGUCGCGGCUGCUGGAUCUGCCCAGCGCUCCCUUCCAAGGUAGUACCAAGAAAUCUUCUUUUUCUCGGGGCUGCGGCGCCGCGGCCAGGGAAAUCCUUCUUCUUCCAGCUUGGGCGAGGGCAAUUUGCAACAAAGAGGGGAAAAAUCUGAGGAUGGUUGGAGGUGGAAUCAGCCAGAACACGUUUGCAGCACUCGAGAGCCGCCGUCGCAAGAAGAAAUCGGACAAGGAGGCGGCUUCGGGCAAGAGCGAGAGGAAGGAGGAGCCGCCGGCCCAGCAGGUCUGGGCUCCCGUGCCUGUGACCGUCAAGUCGUGGGCGGAUGUGGAGGACGACGAUGACGACUACUACGAGACCACCGCGCCGCUGCCACCGACAUGGCAAGUCCAGCAGCAGCAGCAGCAGGAGCAGAGCAAGGAGGAGAAGGAGCUCCUCGAGGAAAGUGAGGGUGAUGAGGAUAUAGAAGAGGAGCCAGAGGACGAGGAGGCGGAGAAUGAGGCCUCGGAGGAAGCUCCCGCAGCGGAGUCUGCUUCCACAGCCUCAGCUGCUGCAGCCGUGGCGCGCGAGCCCGACCGGCAGCUCUCCAAGAAGGAGCUCAAGAAGAAGGAACUCGCGGAGCUGGACGCCGUUCUAGCCGAGCUCGGCAUUGCCAACGAAACAAAAGCUUUGGAGCCGCUUGACGAGGCCAAGGCCGUGGAGGCGAGCGAAGAGACGGGUGAGGCCUCCAAGGAGGCGAGCAAGUCCGCGAAGAAGAAGAAGCCGAAGAAGGAGAAGUCUUUCAAGGAGGGAGACGUGCCCCCAACGCCGGAUGCCGAGGCAAGCAGUGCUAAGGAAGAGGCGGCGGUGGUGGCGGCGAUGGCGGCGGAUGGCCAGGUCCAGGAUCCAAAGGAGAUUGUCAAGAGGCUGGCCUCGAUGAAGAAGAAGAAGUCGGGCAAAGACGGCGACAUGGCUGCCAAGGCCGCCGCUGCGGAGGCCGCCGCCAGGGCCGUGAAGCUCGCCGCCGCCAAGAAGAAGGAGAAGCAUCACUACAAUCAACAGCCGGCACGAUGAGUUUUUUGAGAGCCGAGAAUUCUCUACGAUCGCGCAGGUGUUGUCUUCGUUUUCUUUUGUUUCCUUCGUUGUUCUUCAUCGCGGAUGAUUUCUUCCGCAGUUUCUAUACGCAAGGUUUUGUAAUAAAGAAAAGUGCAAGCUUGGUUCUAUGCU